AGUUGAACGUGUGUGUGUGUGUGUGUUUAAGGAUGACAUAUACACAUGUUUCCCGGCUACUCUAUAGAAAUUGUAACUGGUGAAACUCGAUCCCCACAUACAUCCUCUUAUGUGAGUUCAACUGCUGGACCACUGAAUUGUUGCUGUCAAUUGUCCCACUUAGCUUUGUACUACAAACACACACAUUUUCACAAACACCUUCUCAAACUCUCUCCUUUCUCUCAAGUCUCAAACCUUAUAAUAAUUUCUCUCAAGUGGCUAGUCUCUUCAUCAACUCAAUCUGACCCCUCUCCUCUUACCUCUCCUCACGUAGCAAGAAAGCAAAGCCAAAAUUCAGUAGAACAAAAACAACAACAUAAUCAUCAUCAAUAUUUUCCUCAAUUUCCUCCUCUUCACUCCAUCUCAUCAUCUUCCAUCAACAUCCUUUAAUUCUUCUCCAUUAACAUUGAGCCCAUAUUUCAGUUGAAUUUCCAUUCACUUCAUUCAUCCGUUCAUUCAUUCAUUAUCUUUGUUUCUACUAAAAGAUAUAUAUUGAUGGAGAAGAGUGAUCAAUUAAGAGUAGAGACUCAUGACUUCAUGAAUGUUGAGUCCUUCUCUCAACUUCCAUUCAUCAGGCCAGCGCCACCGCCGCCGCCGCCACAAACACCGUUAAACAAAGAGAAAGGAAGGAAUAACAACAACAGCAUUAUUAGGCUUUUUGGCAAAGAAUUUGGAGGAGACUAUUCCUCCUCCUCCUUCAAUAAUACUCCAACUAGUACUACAACUAUAGAUGAAGAACCGACAGCCGAAUCCCUAACAAAUAAAGAUCUUGGCAAUAGUAAUAUCAGCAGCCAUGAUAGUAGCAUCAACAACAAUAACAACAACAACGGAGGCGGAGGAGGAGGCGGCGAAAGUAGCCGGAAAUUCGAAUGCCACUAUUGUUGUAGAAACUUCCCAACAUCCCAAGCCCUAGGAGGCCAUCAAAAUGCACACAAGAGGGAGAGACAGCAUGCCAAAAGAGCCCAUCUUCAAUCAGCUUUGAUGCAUGCAGGAGGAGGGUUUUCAGAAUAUGGCCUAAUGAACUACCACCACCGCCUUGCCGGUGGCGGAGGCGGCGCCACCACUUUGUCAACAACUCCUCCUUCAUCAGCUGCUCAUGCCCUAGCUUACCAUCAUCAUCAUCAUCACUCUUGGAGUGGUGGAAGAAACAACAUUUAUCCUGGCCAUUCAUCAUCAUCAUCAUCUUCAUCAAGAUUGAUCUACGGUGGCCAUGGAUCUUCUUCCUAUAAUCAUCAUCAUCAUCAUCAGAUUCAGCCACCAACACCACCCAUCACAGGAAGCCCAUUAGCCAUUUGGAGAGUUAAUAAUCCAGUCCAUCAUCAUAAUAGCCAUAAUGGAUCAUCUUCUACUUUGAUGCAUCACCAUUCAGCUCCUAACUUGCUUGGAAAUCAUGAACAACAGCAACAACAACAACAUCAACUUGGAUUAGGGUGUGAAACAAAGUCUACUACUAAGAUGAUGUUGCAAGAUCAUCAUCCUGUGAGUUUGGACCUCCAUCUAUAAGUAAUUCAUUAAACAUUAUGAUGAUAUAUAGUUCUAACUUCCCCAUGCAUCAAUGGGGGAAAAAGGAAGAGGAAAAAGAAAAAACCUUUGUUAUUUGAUCAGAGGCAAAGCGUUUUCCAGGCCUGAAUUGAUUUUCAUUCUUUUUUAUUUCUUCAGUUCGAAAGAGUUAGUUUAGCUUCUUGGAAUUGUUACUUCUAAAGUAAUAUUAAUUAUCAAAGUGAUAUGUAUAUGAAAUUUACAUUGAUUUCAUCUGUCAGUAUGCUUUUUAUUUGCAAGUAUACUCAUAUGUGGUGAAAUUAUUUACCAUCUUCAACUAGUUAUUCCAUGUAUUAAAAUUUCAUAGCUCAUAGUUUUAUUUUAUGUUUUUUCUUUCUCCCGUUGCACAUCUUGCAGACAUUUUUCCUUGUAUAUAUAUCUAUAUAUAUACAUAUAUAAGAAUUAGCAAUUAUCAGCAGAAAUCUAUUCCUUCUUAUAUCCUUCUCCCAGAAUUAGAGCAUAUAGUUUGGAUAAACCCACGUGUGAAAAAUUUUGAUGCAUUGUGUGAUUUAUACCUAUAGCUGAGGGAAUAAAUUUAGAAAAGGAAGAAUUAAAUAAGCUGAGACUGAGAAUCAGCAGGCUUUCCGUCACAUUCUGUAUAUAAUAAUGCAUAGAAAAUUUAAAGCUAAUUAAUUCUUCCAUAUUUUGUUUCUAUGUUGAGGUAGUUAAUCAAGAAUAUUUUUCUGGUUCUUUAAUGAAACAUUCUUCAGAAACUUUUGUUUUCUC